AUAAAUACCAGGUCGCAUGAAGCUAUACUUGCAGGCGCACUACGCACUGACCAUUGAAGUCACAGAAUUCUCUGAGUGCUUAGCCAGCUCUAGCUACCAGCAAUGGCGUCAAGGCAAACCUUCGCUUGCUAUACCAUGGCCUUGCUCUUCUCCGCUGCUGUUGCUUCGGCGCAGCUUUCCACUGACUUCUACGACGAAACAUGCACCGACGCGCUCGACAUCAUCGAAUCCGCCGUGAGGGCUGCUGUCUCCAAGGAGUCCCGCAUGGGGGCGUCCCUGCUCCGCCUCCAUUUCCACGACUGCUUUGUCAAUGGCUGUGACGGGUCAGUGCUGCUCGACGACGCCCCGGGCUUCACCGGCGAGAAGACCGCGAAGCCGAACAAGAACUCCCUUCGCGGGUUCGAAGUGGUUGACGACAUCAAGGCGCAGCUCGAGGACGCCUGCAAGCAGACGGUCUCCUGCGCCGACAUCCUCGCCGUCGCUGCGCGCGAUUCCGUGGUCGCCCUUGGCGGACCUACGUGGGACGUGGAGCUCGGCCGGCGGGACUCGACGACGGCGAGCCUGGACGACGCGAACAACGACCUCCCGGCACCGACCUUCAAUCUCAGCGACCUGAUCAAGGCCUUCUCCAAGAAGGGCCUCAACGCGAACGACAUGAUCGCGCUCUCGGGCGGGCACACGAUCGGCCAGGCGCGGUGCGUCAACUUCCGGGGCCGCCUGUACAGCGAGACCAACCUGGACGCGUCGCUGGCGUCGUCGCUGAAGCCGCGGUGCCCGAGCUCGACCGGCACCGGCGACGACAACACCUCGCCGCUGGACCCGUCCACGUCCUACGUCUUCGACAACUUCUACUACAAGAACCUGCUGCGGAACAAGGGCCUGCUGCACUCGGACCAGCAGCUGUUCAGCGGCGGCUCCGCGGACGCGCAGACCACCGCGUACGCGUCGGACAUGGCCAGGUUCUUCGACGACUUCCGCGGCGCCAUGGUGAAGAUGGGCGGCAUCGGCGUGGUCACUGGAUCCAGCGGGCAGGUCAGAGUGAACUGCCGGAAGGCGAACUGAAGUUGCAGCGAAUGUAUCGCUGCAGUGUCAGACUACCGUGGUGGCGUGAUCAGUGCGUGUAGUGUGGUGUGGUGUGCAGAAAUGUUCCUUCUAUGAUGAUGUAGUCUGCUUCGAACGGUUGUAGUACUACUCUGCAGAAAUAACACGAAGGAAUGAGACCGGUGUUCGAUCAUGGCCGACGCCUCGAUUGCUUGC